GGCGCGUCGUGGCUGCCGGCGCUGCACCGAGCGUGCGUGCGCUGUCUGUGCGAGGCCGCGACGGGGUGCGAGCGCCGCAUCGGCUGCCAGGGCGGCUACUGCGGGCCCUUCGGCGUGUCCCGCCUCUACUGGCACGAGGCCGGCCGCCCCGUUCUGCCCCACGACGACCCCGACCGCAAGGAAGCGUAUGAAGAUUGCGCCAAUAUAUACUCCUGUGCUAGUCGCAUCGUCACUGAAUACAUGCUGAAAUUGGCUAAGGAUUGCAAUGGAGACGGUCGGGUGAACUGCGAUGAUUUUGCCAUGGCUCACCACAACGGAGGCUACACCUGCGAGCAGCCACUGAACCGCACCGCCGGGGGCGUAAAGUACCAUCAGCGCUACUUGAAAUGCAGAGGGGAAGACGAAGAUGACGACCCGCUUGGCCUAGCGGUAGCGCCCUCAUAGCGACACGCCAGCGCUACCUGGGGAACUACUGGGAACACGUUGACAGCUAAGAGUUCAUGCUUCAACCGACAGGUAGCACCCUCUACGCAGUGAUCUUCAUAUCUCCAUUCAAACGUGACUGGAGAAACGCUUCCGUGUGCGGUGUAAUGAACAAAAUGUACGUUCCGUUUCACUGAACUGCUAUCGCAAGUUAAUGAUAAAUUAAUUGCAAUUCUUUCAGUUCCUACAACUGUGUUCCGUUCGAGAAUUGAGAUUACUUAGUGAAGAAACUAAUUUAUCCAUUGUAUUUUUAAGAAAAUUAUACAGUGAAAUGUAAUAAAUUCAGCCAUAUUUUUCAAA